AAGUUUCCACAUAAAAUCAUAAAAACGCAAUAUGAACCGCGCAAAGUCGACAAUAGAACAUCAUUAUUUGCACUAGUCAUUUCAUUGGUUCAAACGGGAAAUAUUUGCAGCUGCAAAUCAUAUUCAUUCUCGCACUGAGUUGCAACGGAGAUAUACUGCACGGCGCGUGACUUCCUCUUAGAAAGGAUCUAGUGCAUAUAAUUCAUCUGAUAUUUUGACCAGAUCUCGAAAGAACACAAUCAAGAUGGCGUCACUGAGAACCUUAUCUGCUAUUUUCAUUCUAUUCUGCAGUGUAAUACACAGUGCAAUGGCCUAUAGCGUCUACUAUGGUUCUUGGUACCUCUACGUUUGGAUACCGCUCGUGAUCAUCGCAAUUAUCCGAUGCUGCUGCUAUUAUAACCAAAAGAAAGAACGCGAAGCACAAACGGUCUAUGUGGAUCAGGGCGGUCGACCCACCGGUCAGGCACAGACGGUUAUCAGCACCCAAAUGACGGCAGGCUCGACCGUGAUCAAUCCUCCCCAGUAUCAACCCGCUCUGCACUACGGGCAGCCUCAAGGCGCCGUUAUCAAUUCGGCCUACACACCAGAUCCUGCAGGUACCGCCUACCCGCCCAAUGCACCGGGACUGCCCUAUCCGCCCAGUUCACCGAGGCAACCGGGUACCGCGUACCCACCUCCCCCUCAGUACAGUGAAGCGGUUAAACUCCCCGAACCUCUUUAGUCACUUAAGAAGAAGAUAUUGAUUAAAUCUACAUCCAGUUAGAUGUUUAUCAUUUCGUGAGCGUGAAAUCAACUCGAAACACAUAUAAUUACAGCUGCACAAAUCCACAUUAUUUUGUUACUCGUGCUCAGAAGUGGCGGAUCAGAAUUCGGGAAUGGGGGGGGGGGGGGGGGGGGGGGGGGGAGGAACGCCAGUCUGACAAUUUUGUGAAAAAAGACUUCUCCUAUACAAAGUUUAAAAAUAGCAAAAGGCUAUCAGCCCAUGACCAGAAAUUUUCUAUCCCCCCUCCCCCCCCCCUUUGUUCGCUGUGGGGGGGGGGGGGGGGUACCUCCCCUUGAUUCGCCUUUGCGCAUCCAACAUUAAAUGCACAAGGUGCCUACAAGGUGUUAUGGUUGCCCAAGUUUCAACUUAAACUCUAAUGCACUGAAGGUCUUGGAUGUUAUGUUCAAUACUUCAAUAAAGAAAAAAAGAGCCUUUAAUAUGAAAUGACGUGGUACACGGCCGCCCAAAAAUAGGCAAACCGCUGCAUUAUUUGUUUAAUGUUUAAAUGAAUGACUUUGACGUGUAUUCACCGAGCUCUGUGUUUAAGAUACCUACGGCAUGAUAAAACGUCAUUAUCCACACGAGGGUUUAGUCGCGUGUGUUUGUGUUUACUCAGUAAAAUGAUGCAUUUCAUAUAAUUAUUCUCUAUCUUAGGCGUGAUACUUUGCAGAACAUAAGUGAAAGAUUGUUGGCUCCUACUUUUGGCCUUCGAUUCUAAAAUAACAAAGAACACUCUUCAAUAUGACAUGUCUGCUUCAUAAUGAUGCGUAGUGUAAUAGUUAUUCACAUUAUGACUUUAAGUGUGUAAAAUAAAAUAAUGUGACUAUAUCCACGUAAAUAAUAUGAAAUCGUAUUUUUGUACUGUAUAUUUUCGGAAUUUUUUGUUGUUCCGGUAAUUUCGAAAAUUUUCUUCAGGGGUUAAUAGAUAUUGCAGUCUUCCAUACUCCAUUUUUUUUUUAAAGAGGAAGUGCACCCUCGAUGAUAUCAAAUUCGUUUUUGAUAAAAGCAGAAAACUGAGAGAAACAAAUUAGUGAAAGUUUAAACAAAAUCCGAUUAAAAGCAGGACAGUUAUGAAUUUUUAAGUUGUCAUCAGUGGAACACAAAUUGGCAACACUGUGUCGUAUCUUGCAAGCUCCUCCCCAUUUUUCUCUGUACAUACAAUUUCAUAGUUAUUAAUGACGGGAUAGACCUGUUUUAUACAGGGUUGUAUACAAACACAUUUGACAUAAUUAUAUCUAGGGUGAAUGUAUGUAACUUUCUCAAGAGAAAAUAUAAUU